AUGGAAACAGCAAGCAAUACAGUGGUAGAAACGAAUACAGUAAAACAUAAAGUAAAACAGUGUAAAUGCGGCUCACCCACCCAUCUAAGAGUAAACAGCAAUACAUGCCCCCUAAAAAAGCAAAAAGAACCAACGCAUGGUCCAGACGAGAAAAAAGAGAUCUUCGUGAUCAAAUGCUCCUUGAAAAAUAUCUGUAGAGACGCUAAGCUCAUUGAUCAAAUAUCUCUCGUCACGGCACACACAACAAAAGUGAUAUGGCUCUUAACGAAGGGUGAAGAAGUUCCGAUUAUGAGUCAGAAUGAUAUCUACUCCAUCUUUACCGUCGCCACUGGUAAAGGCAAAAAGUUUCCCAGUUAUAUUCAACAAUACUUUGUUGAGUUUUGCAAUGAAUGUGAAAUUGAUAACAUAUUCCUACGAUCCCUCAAGAGUAUUGGAUGUUCUUCUAUUUUAUCCAUUGUAUGUAGACAAUACGAUGUGCUCAUAUGCAACCACGUAUGUGAGAAUCACGAAAGGAGAACAAUUCGCUUCUUUAUGGAAUCCUUGUCGGAUAAAGACUCUACAUUUUUUUGCAAGGGCUUAUCUGUUAACGAAAGAGAAUCCCUAGCUAACUAUAUCUAUUCGCUAAAAUCUGUAUGGCCGUCAUUUGUCGAAAAAAAAAAUCAACAUUUUAAAGAGAUUGUGUACAUUAUGGAAGAAAAAUUAGUCACCGUUGCCUCCAAGUCCUACAUUUAUAGGAAGUUAAAAGAACUAACGUUUACUUCAAUACUCAAUAGACAAAACUUCAAAUCCUUGCAGGAACAAGUCCUGCAAAGCAUUAAUUCAAAUGUUCCACUCAUCCCUGGGCGGAAAUUAUUCAAAGUCAAGCCUCAUUUACCUGCUCUGGAAACGUUUGUCACAAGUGUCAAAUCAAGAAUUACUGAUGGAACAUUCACGCGUGAAAAAUAUAUGAAUAAACGCGGCUACCGGUUUUUCACUCUAUUACCGACCUAUUCAUUUGAAACAAAUACUAAAACCGAAUCGGAUCUAUCAGAUUUCUACUACAAGCUUUUUGACUUUUCCAAACUGGGAUUUCGCUCUCUCGAGAGUCCUUCACAAGGCAGAAAGCAGUUCAAAAACGUCGUGCUUACUGGAAAAAAAAGAAAAGUUUCCGUAGUAAAACAGCCAGCCGACUUUCUCGAAGAUAUUGAAAACGGCUGUACUGUCUGGGGGAGUAGACCCUGGUGUCAAUAUAAUCUUCACCGCCGUAGAUACAUCUGGGAGGCAAAGGACAACCAGUAUUAUAACGAGAAUAAUUGGAAGCCCAAACUGAAAUUCCAAUAUUACAUGAAGGAACAAAAAGGUGUGCAUGAGAUUUGCAAGAGGUUCGUCUAUAACAGCAGCAAAUAUCAUCAGAAGUCAUCUACUAGUGAAAAGUCAGUUAUUAAUAAUGUAAGCAAAAUCUAUCCACCUACUCCGACCAACCAUAAAGAAAGGCCAGUAAAAACAAUCAUUGCUUUGGGCGAUGGUGUGUUUAAUACUAGUUCACGAAGCAACAGGUCGUCACCGGUCAGAACGAUUACAAAAGCGUUGAAGAGGUAUUGUGGACAGCAGUUAGAAGUAGUAAUGGUUGAUGAAUACCUCACCAGCCAAAUCUGCAACAAGUGUAAGAUCAGAAACGUCGAGAUUGUGGUGACCAAAAAAUCAAAGCGAAGAGUAGACAUAAUAUUACAGUGUCAACAAAACACUUGUAAUAUUUGUCUGAGCCAAUUCAAGCGUAAAGACGCAACUAUCGAUGAACCAUCCCCGUUCUUUACAUUUUUAAAGGUAAGCAAAUCAUCUGAAAAGUGA